GUUGUGACUGAAACCCGUCAAUAUGGCGGCGAUCGGCCGCGGCCGCUCUCUGAAGAACCUUCGAAUACGAGGGCGGAAUGACAGCGGCGAGGAGAACGUCCCGCUGGAUCUGACCCGAGAACCUUCUGAUAACUUAAGGGAGAUUCUCCAAAAUGUAGCCAAGUUACAAGGCGUAUCAAACAUGAGGAAGCUGGGCCAUCUGAACAACUUUACAAAGCUCCUUUGUGAUAUUGGCCAUAGUGAAGAAAAACUGGGCUUUAACUAUGAAGAUAUUAUAAUUUGUUUGCGCUUAGCUUUAUUAAAUGAAGCAAAAGAAGUGAGAGCAGCAGGGUUACGAGCGCUGCGCUAUCUCAUCCAGGAUUCCAGUAUUUUGCAGAAGGUGCUGAAAUUGAAAGUGGACUAUUUAAUAGCUAGGUGCAUUGACAUACAGCAGAGCAACGAGGUAGAGAGGACACAAGCGCUUCGGUUAGUCAGAAAGAUGAUUACUGUGAAUGCUUCCUUGUUUCCUAGUUCUGUGGCCAACUCAUUAAUUGCAGUUGGAAAUGAUGGACUUCAGGAAAGAGACAGAAUGGUCCGGGCAUGCAUUGCCAUUAUCUGUGAACUAGCACUUCAGAAUCCAGAGGUGGUGGCCCUUCGAGGUGGACUGAACACCAUCUUGAAAAAUGUGAUUGAUUGCCAAUUAAGUCGAAUAAAUGAGGCCCUUAUUACUACAAUUUUACACCUUCUUAAUCAUCCAAAGACUCGGCAGUAUGUGCGAGCUGAUGUAGAACUAGAGCGAAUUUUAGCACCCUAUACUGAUUUCCACUACAGACAUAGUCCAGAUACAGCUGAAGGACAGCUCAAAGAGGACAGAGAAGCACGAUUCCUAGCCAGUAAGAUGGGAAUCAUUGCAACAUUCCGCUCCUGGGCAGGUAUUAUUAACUUAUGUAAACCUGGAAAUGCUGGAAUCCAGUCUCUAAUUGGAGUACUCUGCAUACCAAAUAUGGAAAUAAGGCGAGGUCUGCUUGAAGUGCUUUAUGAUAUAUUUCGUCUUCCUCUACCUGUUGUGACAGAGGAGUUCAUAGAGGCACUGCUCAGUGUAGAUCCAGGAAGGUUCCAAGACAGUUGGAGGCUUUCAGAUGGCUUUGUAGCAGCUGAAGCAAAAACAAUUCUUCCCCAUCGUGCCAGAUCCAGGCCAGAUCUCAUGGACAAUUACUUGGCACUAAUACUCUCUGCAUUCAUCCGUAAUGGACUUUUGGAGGGGUUGGUUGAAGUGAUAACGAAUAGUGAUGACCAUAUCUCUGUUAGAGCUACCAUCCUUCUAGGAGAGCUUUUACAUAUGGCAAACACAAUUCUUCCUCAUUCACACAGCCAUCAUUUGCACUGCUUGCCAACUCUAAUGAAUAUGGCCGCCUCCUUUGAUAUCCCCAAGGAAAAGAGACUGCGAGCCAGUGCAGCACUGAACUGCUUGAAACGCUUCCAUGAAAUGAAGAAACGAGGACCUAAGCCUUAUAGCCUUCAUUUAGAUCACAUCAUUCAGAAAGCAGUUGCAACACACCAGAAACGGGAUCAGUAUCUUCGAGUUCAGAAAGAUAUAUUUAUUCUUAAGGAUACAGAGGAGGCUCUUUUAAUAAACCUUAGGGAUAGCCAAGUCCUUCAACAUAAAGAGAAUCUUGAAUGGAACUGGAAUCUCAUAGGGACCAUUCUUAAGUGGCCAAAUGUAAAUCUAAGAAACUAUAAAGAUGAACAGUUGCACAGGUUUGUGCGAAGACUUCUUUAUUUCUACAAGCCAAGCAGUAAACUAUAUGCGAGUCUAGAUCUUGAUUUUGCUAAAUCUAAGCAGCUCACUGUUGUUGGUUGCCAGUUUACAGAAUUUCUCCUGGAGUCCGAAGAGGAUGGACAGGGAUACUUAGAAGAUCUAGUGAAAGAUAUUGUUCAGUGGCUUAAUGCCUCUUCUGGAAUGAAACCUGAGAGAAGUCUUCAGAAUAAUGGUUUAUUGACUACCCUUAGUCAACACUACUUCUUAUUUAUUGGAACACUUUCUUGUCAUCCCCAUGGAGUCAAAAUGCUAGAAAAAUGCAGUGUAUUUCAAUGUCUCCUUAAUCUUUGCUCCUUGAAAAACCAAGAUCAUUUGCUAAAACUUACUGUUUCUAGCUUAGACUAUAGCAGAGAUGGAUUAGCUAGAGUCAUUCUUUCAAAAAUCCUGACUGCAGCUACUGAUGCCUGCAGACUGUAUGCAACAAAACAUUUAAGGGUUUUGUUGAGAGCUAAUGUUGAAUUCUUCAACAAUUGGGGAAUUGAGUUACUAGUAACUCAGUUACAUGAUAAAAACAAAACAAUUUCUUCUGAAGCUCUUGAUAUCCUUGAUGAAGCUUGUGAGGACAAGGCGAAUCUCCAUGCUCUCAUUCAGAUGAAGCCAGCUUUAUCCCACCUUGGAGACAAGGGCUUGCUUCUUCUCCUGAGAUUUCUCUCCAUUCCAAAAGGAUUUUCCUACUUGAAUGAAAGAGGUUAUGUUGCAAAACAAUUGGAAAAAUGGCACAAGGAAUAUAAUUCAAAGUAUGUUGACUUGAUUGAGGAACAACUUAAUGAAGCACUCACUACUUAUCGGAAGCCUAUUGAUGGUGAUAACUAUGUUCGUCGGAGUAACCAAAGAUUACAACGACCUCAUGUCUAUUUGCCUGUGCACCUUUAUGGACAACUGGUACACCAUAAAACAGGCUGCCAUUUAUUGGAAGUACAGAAUAUUAUCACAGAACUCUGUCACAAUGUUCGUACACCAGACUUGGAUAAAUGGGAAGAAAUUAAAAAACUGAAAGCUUCUCUUUGGGCCUUGGGAAAUAUUGGCUCAUCAAAUUGGGGUCUCAACUUGCUACAGGAAGAAAAUGUGAUUCCAGACAUACUAAAACUUGCAAAACAGUGUGAAGUUCUUUCCAUCAGAGGGACCUGUGUAUAUGUCCUUGGACUCAUAGCUAAAACCAAGCAAGGAUGUGAUAUUCUAAAAUGUCAUAAUUGGGAUGCUGUGCGACAUAGUCGGAAGCAUCUGUGGCCAGUUGUUCCAGAUGAUGUGGAACAGCUUUGUAAUGAACUCUCAUCUGUUCCAAGCACCCUCAGUUUGAACUCGGAGUCAACCAGCUCUAGACAUAAUAGUGAAAGUGAGUCUGCCCCAUCAAGCAUGUUCGUACUGGAGGAUGACAGGUUUGGCAGCAGCUCUACAAGCACAUUUUUCCUUGACAUCAAUGAAGAUGCCGAGCCAGCGUUUUAUGACCGACCUGGACCAAUAAAGGAUAAAAAUUCAUUUCCUUUUUUUGCUUCUAGUAAACUUGUGAAGAAUCGUAUCUUAAAUUCACUUACUUUGCCUAAUAAAAAACACCGUAGUAGCAGUGAUCCAAAAGGAGGAAAACUAUCGUCUGAAAAUAAGACAAGUAACCGGCGAAUCAGAACCCUCACAGAGCCCAGUGUUGACUUUAAUCAUAGUGAUGACUUCACACCCAUCUCUGCGGCACAGAAAACAUUGCAAUUAGAAACUUCAUUUGUUGGGAAUAAGCACCUAGAAGAUACUGGUAGUACACCAAGUAUUGGAGAGAAUGACUUAAAAUUUACCAAGAGUUUUUGUACAGAGAAUCACAAAGAAAACACAAGCCGAGAAAGAUUAGUUGUAGAAAGCUCAACAAGCUCACAUAUGAAGAUCCGCAGCCAGAGUUUUAAUACAGACACUACAACAAGUGGCAUAAGUUCAAUGAGCUCAAGCCCCUCACGAGAGACAGUAGGUGUAGAUGCUACAACUAUGGAUACAGACUGUGGGAGUAUGAGUACUGUGGUAAGUACCAAAACUGUUAAGACAAGCCACUAUCUGACACCACAGUCUAACCAUCUGUCCCUCUCCAAAUCAAACUCAGUGUCCCUGGUACCACCAGGUUCCUCACAUACACUUCCUAGAAGAGCGCAGUCCCUUAAAGCACCCUCCAUUGCUACAAUAAAAAGUCUAGCUGAUUGUAACUUCAGUUACACAAGUUCUAGAGAUGCCUUUGGCUACGCGACAUUGAAGAGAUUACAGCAGCAAAGAAUGCACCCAUCCUUGUCUCACUCUGAAGCUUUGGCAUCUCCAGCAAAAGAUGUGCUGUUUACUGAUACCAUCACCAUGAAGGCCAACAGUUUUGAGUCCAGAUUAACACCAAGCAGGAUCGAUUUUAAAAAGAAGCAUGUCGGGGGAAUCAGGAGCUUAAGACCUACAAUAACAAACAACCUUUUCAGGUUUAUGAAAGCUUUAAGUUAUGCAUCAUUAGAUAAAGAAGAUUUAUUAAGUCCUAUUAAUCAAAAUACCCUGCAGCGAUCCUCCUCAGUUAGGUCCAUGGUGUCCAGUGCUACAUACGGAGGCUCCGAUGACUACAUUGGACUUGCUCUUCCAGUAGACAUUAAUGACAUCUUCCAGGUAAAGGAUAUUCCUUAUUUUCAGACAAAAAACGUACCUCCGCAUGAUGACCGAGGCACAAGAGUGUUUGCCCACGAUGCAGGAGGUCUUCCAUCUGGAACUGGAGGUCUUGUGAAAAACUCUUUUCACUUGCUGCGACAGCAGAUGAGCCUCACGGAGAUAAUGAAUUCCAUCCAUUCAGAUGCUUCUCUGUUUUUAGAAAGUACAGAAGACACUGGGCUACAGGAGCAUACCGAUGAGAACUGCCUUUACUGUGUCUGUAUUGAAAUUCUGGGUUUCCAGCCCAGUAACCAACUAAGUGCAAUAUGUAGUCACUCAGACCUUCAAGAUAUUCCGUAUUCUGAUUGGUGUGAGCAGACGAUCCACAAUCCCUUGGAAGUUGUUCCCUCUAAGUUUUCAGGGAUUUCUGGAUGCAGUGACGGUGUAUCUCAAGAAGGCUCAGCUAGCAGCACCAAAAGCACAGAACUGUUGCUAGGGGUUAAAAGCAUUCCAGAUGAUACUCCAAUGUGCCGUAUCCUCCUUCGCAAAGAAGUCCUAAGAUUAGUAGUCAAUUUGAGUAGUUCAGUUUCAACGAAAUGCCAUGAAACAGGGCUUUUAACAAUUAAAGAGAAGUAUCCCCAAACAUUUGAUGACAUAUGCCUUUACUCGGAAGUUUCCCAUUUGCUGUCACACUGCACAUUCAGACUUCCAUGUCGGCGGUUCAUACAAGAAUUAUUUCAAGAUGUACAGUUUCUACAGAUGCACGAGGAAGCAGAGGCUGUGCUGGCAGUGCCAGCGAAACAACCUGUAGUUGAUGCAUCUGCUGAAUCCUGACCUCAUAUUUAUCAUGUGUAUAGAUGGAUACUAUAUAUAUUCAUAUCCAUGGAUUUCCUAAAAGCCUCACAAAAUACUGACUGGCUGGACAGCAAAGACAGGACGUCUUCGGGGCACUGUUCCAGCAAUUACUGGUACACAGACGGUUGGAACUGCUGACUUCCCUAACCACAUUGACUUCCUUCUCUCCCCUGUUGGGCCCUUUGCUGGGUCCGUGAUUCAUCACCACCAUUCUAAGAGUUUCACUUACCAUCAUCUGCAAGAGCCAAGCACUGAGUACUACGUAGGCUUUCUAGUUCAUUCUUUUAAAAGCAUAAUGGCAGUGGAACAAAGCCAGGACGUGCAGAAGCACCCUUCACAUGGUUCUUUCUAAAUGCUCUUUUAAAAUUAAGGGCAAAUAAAAAGAUGCUUUGUUUGUUAACUGAUUUGUGGAAACCCAGAGUCAGUGUCUCUGAGGUUGUAUCCUGUUAGACCUUAGGGUGUGCUAUAACUGCUGGUAUUAGAGGGGAUCCUUGGCCCUUCCACAUUUCCUUAAUGUUUGUAACACUACUUCAGAGGUUACAACCUCAAAGCGAAAAAGAGCCUCAAAAUCGGGACUUAUAAGUUAUUUCUAUGUUACUAGACUACAGAAAGAUUCUUGUUUUCCAUCUCUUUUUUUGCAGUGUGUUAAUAGGCUAUUUGUACCAAUUAAGGUUUUUCACUACAGUUCUUGAUUAAAAUAAAAUAAUUAUUGAAGUAUUUCCCCUUUACAGAAUGUGUAUAUCCGGUGGACUUCCACUCUCAACUUCUCACAUCACCAUUUUAAACAGGGAUUGAACAAGCAUUAUUUAUUACUUGAGACCCAAAGCAAAGGAAAGCAUUAAACAAUACUUGAGAUCUCCUGAGGAAAAGACAAGUUUGUCUGCAAUUCACACAUUCCAUGGAAGAAAGAAGAGCCAUGUUUCCUUUUAAAAAUUAUCAAGACUCAUUUUAAGAUUAAAAAUUGUGGUGAAAAGCCUUAAGUAGUGAAUUUUAAAGCAGCAGUAAUUUAAUUUUAUCAGUGUUCUAGUUUUGCACAAACUAAAUGCAGCAGUAGGUGAGUUCAAGAGUACAGUAAUGCCUUUAUCGUAUUUGUGAAGUUAAGUUGAUGAAGGCAAGGUUUUGUCUGUCUGAUUUGUAUGUAUAUAAAGAUAUUUGAAAAUCUCUACAGGAAUUAAACAUAUAUGCAAAUUUGUAUAUAAAAAUAGCAUGGCCAUCAUCAUUAGAUUGCUUGUAAGUGAAGGGUUAUCCUUCUUGAAAUCAUAUAUGUAGAAAAAAAUCCAGCACAACUGAUGAGAACCCUUUUUAAAUUAUUUGUAUAGACCAUUUUUACAUUCGCACAUCAGCUUUGACACGGUCAUCGAACAUUGGUUCAUAUUUUCCUAUGCUGCACAUCCUCUUUGUCAUAGGCUUGUUCAGGAGAUCGCUGUGAAGAACCCUGUCAACUACAUAGUUCACAGGAGAGUGCUGUUUUAACUUAGGCACUGAAAGUUCCCAUUGGGAUGAAGCAUUUCAUCUCUUCUAACACCUCUUUGACUGCACUUCGGUGAAUUGUUCUUACGUGCACUGUGUAGCAACUUACAUUAUAACAAAGCAGAUAAGGGCUCUAAGCUGCUGCUUGGGUUACAAAGUGGUUCUGUAGAUUGUCUCUCCUAAGAUUCAAUGAAGGUAAAACUUUUUUUUUACACUUUAUCACUGAACCCAAGUGUUUAUUUAAAUGUCAACAGUACUUCUAAGAACGUUGCCUGUCACCUUGGUUUUUGGUCUUGGAUAAUAAACUGCCUUUCCAGAGAACCAAAUGUCAGAGAUACUAGACCAAAUAGUGGUUAAAAUUCCAAAGGAAGUAAUGUAGUCUUAUUCAUAAUGGAAUUAACAUUUUAGACAUUCAUCUUAAACACUACCUCAGUUAACAGUAUAAAAUCUGUGGUUUCAUCCCUCAAAAAUUAACAGUAAUUCUUUUUUGUUUGUUUUCCAUUGCACAAAACUAUCUCCAUCUUUGUAUCCCACCUAAGUCAGCCAUCCUGAAAUUAAGGCUGAGCCUAUUGUCCUGAACAGGUGGGGGUUUUUUUGUUUUUGUUUUGUUUUGUUUUUUUGUUUGUUUGUUUUGUUUGUUUGUUUUGUGUGUGUGUUUUCUUUUGGUUUUAUUGUGACAUCUGACUGUUACUUUGAAAGACAAGUGGAUCAUCAUAUCUACCUAUAGCACUUACUUUGGGAAGAUGCUCAGAGCUUUGUGAUUUUCAGUAUACUGAGAAAAAAAAAUGUCUAUGCUUAAAUUUGUAGUGGUUUGUCCAUGGUUUCACUGACAGGUCUACUACGUUUCCUUUAAGUACUUAUUUGUAUAAAAGGAGUCUUUUAUGAUGAAAACUACAUGCAGUGCCAAGUGAUUAACUUAGGUGUUUAAAAAUAUUAAAUUAUAACAGAAAAGGUUAAAUGUGGCAUCAGUGGUAAUAGAAAUAAUUGAGAAAAUGAUUAUAAAUAAUAGAUAUUACCAAAAUAAUGUCAAUACUGUAGUUUUUCAAGAUUUUAGAAUUAACCUUAGUCGUAUAAAUUUGUAUUAUUGGUAAUUAUUUAAUAAUUUGGAGGAAUUUGAACAGUUAAGCUGGUUGUAAAACUGUGAAUUUCUUAAUUGUAAAGUAAACUAUCAUUUCUAAUUGAAUUUUUCAAGAACAGAUUUCAACUUCACAUACUAAGUAAAUACUGACAAGAAAACUAAAAAUAUAGUAUUUAUAAUUAAAUAUGCUCUAAAAUUUCUUACACUUUUAUUUUCUGUUUGUGCUUAGGUAUAUUUGAGGGGAGAAAAUGUUCUCCCUAAGUUUUUCUAACAAAGUGUAGUCGCAUAGGGACAUCCUGUAAGACAGUGACAUUAAAAUAGGCUUUGUGGAAGAGCGUGUAUCAUUACCAGUAUAAUGGGCUCAGAUGCCCUGGGAGUGGUGUCUGCGGUGGUGCUCAGCUCUUUGUCUGGAGCUGAUGACUAAAGCUGAGUUCUUCAAGGUAUGCUGCCAUAGCCAAGUGUUUGGAAGUGAUGUCAGUGUUCAUUUAGAUGUCUACUGCUAUUGACAUAGUUUUAUUUCAUUCCACUCAGAGGAUGCCUUUUAUCCCCGUGUUAAAGCACAGAUCAUUAAGCAAUAAAAUACAAAAUUGUCUGUCAUUCAAAUUAUAACUGCAAUUAUUUUUACGUGGUAAGAGUGAGGUGCUAAUUGUGUGUGAGAGGAACUUGUAGCCACUUUAGAAAUGUUCUUUGGAAGUAAGUUUUCCCCCUUUAGACGUAGGCUUCCAUAUUGUCUCAGAUUCACAAUCCAUGAAAGCGUGGAAACAUGGACAGAUAGACUUGUUUGAGAAGAGCUGCUUGGAGCACAUAUCUCAGGCUUCCCUAAAUGUAAGUUGGGAAGGUCUCCAUUGGAAUUGCAGAGGACGUUGUUCCCACUGGACUUUCCAGAGUGCCCCUGCACCAACAGUUUCCUUCAGAAGCAGUCCAGGGAGACUGAUAACAGUGCUUAUCAAGAACCUGUUCCAGGAAUUUUUUACUUUUAGUUCCAGGACCCCAGGAUAGUGUUCAUUUAGAGUAGGUUUAUAUGACUUACAGAAUGUGGAAUUCUUCCCCCUUUGGAAUAUUUUUGUAAUUAGGUGGAUAACUGCCACAGCAUGCGUAAAUUGCACAUUUUGACUCUUUAUAAGAUACUUAAUAUGAAAAAUUAAUUUAUGCCAAAAAAAGAAGCAUAUCCUACAAUUUUUCCACAUAACCAGGUUAUUCUAGCACAAAAUGCAAAGUCUUGGGGCAGAGCAGGGUUAGUGAAAAAUUUUUACAGAUGAUUGUUGAAAACUGUUCCAAUACUGGCCUGUCAGAAACCCUAAAGAUAACAUUGUAAAAAAUAAAAAUUUAAAAAAAAGAUGUAAAUUAGCUUUGAAAAGUGGUAAGGGAUGUG